AUUCCUAUCCUACAUCUCCAGUCCGAGCGAUAGUGUGACUCCGCCAGCAACUCUGAUGUGGCGGCCCAUGUCGCGUGUAUGACGGUCUCCUGAAGUGUUUGGCUUCCCCCUCGACUGCCUCUUUUUCCCUUAGCCAUGCAGCCCUCACACGAUGCGCCGAGUUAUGUGCGCAAGCAUACGCCGCAGAUUUCCAUAUCCGACGACAAUCACCAUGUCACAGAGGCCAUCGGAGGCAUGUACGGUAGCGACGACGAUGACUACUUGACGCCCUCGAACCGCAACUCGCGACCACUCAGUUUUGUCGGAUCUGCCAUAGAGGCCUACCAGCUCGCCCCUUCGUAUCUCGAUACCAAACGCUCCUCACCGCCCCGUUCACCCCUCCAACAGACAGGCAGCAAUGAGAAACUACCCUCGUCAGACAGUGUCACGCGCAAGGGAAGCCUCGGCUCCGAAAACCUCCCCUUGGAUCCGUCUUCUCCACCGCCCUUGUCACGAAAGUCCUCAUCGUCGGCAGAGACAGCAGUCCAGCAGUUUCCCCUGAACGACAUUGACUAUGAGUCGAGUCCUGCCGCCGUGGCUCAAGAGCUCAACAACUUGCAGGCCAUCCGCCGAAUGUCCAUGAGUGUCGACAAUGCCGACCCUGACUUGCCCAGCUUUGGUUCUCCUGCUUCUCCUGGUUCCACUUCCCCAGAGGCUAGCGACGAAGAUGAGGCUUCACGGUUGUUUUGGGUACCAGCGCGCUUGCACCCAGAACUUGCCCCCAAGGAGUUCAAAACAUUCGUAGAGGACCGUGUUGAUCGCAUAAGGAAGCGCUCAGGGUCUGGUGACUCUUUGAUGCCUGGUGUGGAAAGGUCAAACUCCGGUAGUAGUCUCACAAGGAAAAAGAGCAUGCUUUCACGCCAGAUCGACUCGUCCAAGGGAUAUGAAGACGGAGCAGAACGCCUGCAAAGAAAGCGAUCAGAAAGUGGACAGUCGCCAACUUCACCAACUGUUGAGAAUCUACAAGAGUUGGAAGGUCUGGUCAGCAACGUCAGUCUUGAUUCGGCUAGGAACAGUCUUGAUUCUGGUGUGCAAAUGGCCGAUGCACCAAUAUUGCCUGCUCCAGGCCCCGCCUUGAAGCGUUCCACAAGGACGUAUAUGCGCAAGGAUCGCACGCCUUUUUCCAGACGAGCACUCAGCCGUCAGUCCGACCACAGCAAGCAGUCCGAGUCUGAUGGAGAGGGAGGUCGCGCGCCCUCGCCUUCACUCUCCAUUCGAGAGCCUUCUUCUCCGGGCAUCACCCGAGUACAGACCGAGCCCGCUCUUGCUCGUGAUGCUGCUGCUGCUCCGGGAGCCGACCGCCUGACAUCUGCCUCCUCUGAAGACGUAUCUAAUCAAAAGCCCAAACCCAGUCCUGCAAAGGACGCUGCUGUCCCUCAGAGUUCUGCUGCCCCUGUCACCACUUUCCAUUCUCGAAUUGCCACCAAUGGCCGUACUACUGCUCAGAUUCCUGGUGCCAGCAGUCCAAUUCCGCAGAUAGUAGAGACCCCACCAGCAGCCAAUACCUUCACCGUCCCAGAAAGGAAGUCCUCACACAUCCCACCCUCUGCCCCGCAGUCAUCUCAGCAACAUUCAGCCCCUCAUUCACAUGGACCGACACAGCAUCAUGCCCCACCUCGUGCUCGUCCCAGCGCGCGGGGUGCCCAUUCGAGACCACCCCUCGUUCAUUCUGCUUCCUCUCGUUCGAACACGAACAAGUCUACGUUGGAGGACAUUUCCUCGCAUCCCUCACCCCUGCCCGGCAGUGGCAACACACGGACCGAUGCUCUCACAAUGGUACCUAUGUACGAAGAGAAGAAGGUCGAGAAAAAAGACAGCCGCAAGACUAGCUGGAACUGGCUUCUCGGAAGUGAAGAGAAGGACAAGGAGAAGGAGCGCAAGACUGAAGACAAAGAGCGCGAGAAGGAAGCCUCGAAGAAAUCCAAGGCUGCUGCCAAAAAUCAGCCCAAGACUGCCGAGAAGACUCGUCUGGACGUGCUGCAGUCAUCCAUCGACGGAAGCCCUACUGUUCCAAAGGGUCGCGAAUCACUCGUGCUCGAUCGUGAGAGCUUCAAGCUCGAGGAAGAGCGGAAGAAGGAGAGCUCACGGAGGUCAGCGGAUGGCAAGAAAGACAAGGAUUCUGGUAUUUUGUCGGCCAUUUUUGGAGGCGGUAAGAGGUCAAAGGAACAGAAGCAGCAUCACCAAGCUCCCAAAGAAUUGCUUCGGGCGCCCUCUCCAGAACCUGCCCCAAGGAUACUACGACCAGACAUUGACUAUAACUGGACUCGAUUCAGUAUCCUGGAAGAACGCGCUAUUUACAGGAUGGCCCACAUGAAGCUGGCCAACCCUCGAAGGCCACUGCACAGUCAAGUCCUGCUCUCAAACUUCAUGUACAGUUAUCUUGCCAAAGUGCAGAUGUAUCACCCUCAAAGCCAAGUACCCGUCGCGCAAAAGACGGCACAGGCCAGACAACAGCAACAAAUGCAACAACAGCAGCAACAACAGCAGCAGCAACGGGAGCAAGACGCUGCCGACGCUGAGGCAGAGGAGAAGCAAGCGCAGGAGAACAACAAAUACCAGAAUUGGCAAGAGCAACGCAAAUCAGGUGAUCAGUCAACUCCCGGUGCGGUCCAACAACACUCUGUCCUGGAAACACCGAGCAACGCUUCUGGUCAAAAGGACUAUCUAGGAUACUCAGCAGACUCGCAACCAUUUGGUGACCAAAGUAGUCUUUGGCAAGACGAGGAGAACAACGAAUUGUGGUGAUAUGUCGAAGCAAGCAAACGCAUUGGGAAAACGGAGUUCUUGCGAUCUUGCAGAAAGAGGCGUUGUUGGUUGUCUUUAUUCUUGGAAGCAUUUGAAAUUGGCGUAUGAGUUGUCAUUUCUUCUCUCUUUCUUCUAUUUCUCCUCCAUCUCUUGAUUUUUCAUCCUGCUUCUUUGCGGCCGCCGAAUAUGAACGAGAGCCACGAUUUCACUUGC